AUGUCAUAUCCAUCUGAACGAACAACAUAUCAUGUAAAAUCAUUAAUGACUGGUCGAUUAACUCCAAUCGGUGGUGCUUCGUCGGAUACAGAUUAUAACGCGGAAUUCUCUGACGAAUUCAACGAAAAACAAGGAUUACUUGAGAACCAUGAAAAAUUAAAUGCUUCACUAUUUGCAUUAACUUGCCAUUUUGCUCAUGUACAACUACGUUUACAACAAGUCAUAUCUGCACCAACACCUGAAGAUCGUGAGAACUUACUUCUAGAGUUACAUAAAUUUGCUUCAAGUGGUAUACCUGAUGUAAUGUGUCAAUCAUCAAUAUAUACAAAUGAUUUUACUCAUGAACAAUUGAUUGAAGCCGAAAAGCGUCGUGAAAAAACAUUUAUUAAUGAACUGAAACGAAAACUAGAUGAACUAGAACGGUACGCACUUGCAUCAGGCUCACUUGAAGGUGCACCAACAUCAGUCAUGAUGGAAAAACAACGUAUACUCAUUGAUGAACUACGUGAAAAACUUGAUUUACAAUUAGAUGAUGAAGAAGUUUCGAAAUUAUCUGCUGAAGAAUUACGGCGACUUGUUGAUCUAGGUAUUCAUCAGAUCACGAAUCCAAUGAAAAUGAAAGAAAAACUAAUAAAUCAAAUGCGCACUGAAAUAUCCGACCUGGAAAAGUUUAUUGAUUUUCUCAAAACUGAUUCUGCUAAGAAAACAACCGAUACUACCAUUACAUUUAUUCCUUCAUCGGCUUCUGAAAUUAGUGGAUUAACAUCAACAGCAGCAACUCACACAUCAAACACAGCGCAAUCAGCAGAUUCAUAUUCGUCUUGUUUUCCUAUUGGUCACAAUUCAUUGAAUAUAUUUCAAACAAUGAAACGAAUCUUAAUUUUAACUCAACUCUAUACGUUUUCCUUUCUGACAUGUGGUAAACGAUCAGUAUACAAAGCAUUCGAUCAAACAGCAGGAACAAAACAAAGAGAUAUAAUUUCGAAGCACCAUUUCGGUGGUCUUCGAGCUCAACUUGAAAUUGCCAUCAGUAAAGUUCUUCAUAUAAUACGAUCAAAUAAUUUGGCAUUAAAAUAUCUAUAUGACGAUGACGCAAGUGACAGUGAUACUGAUGAAUAUGAAAAAAAAUAUACUUGCUCGGCUGCAACUCUUUCAUCGAUACGACAAGAUCUUGUGCCUGCACUUCGCGGACUACUUGAACAUGGACUUAAUGAAACAAGUUAUUCAACAAGUGUAUGUCUUUGGGGAUGUUUUUCUACAAGAUCUACAAAUAAUCAAUCAGGAAAAAAUGACACAACGCAUAUUUGGGAAUUAUUUUUAAAAUAUUAUGAUAUGAAACAUGGAAAUGAAUUUGCAAACAGUCCGGCACGUAAACUUUCGCAAUCAUUUGCAUUAGAUAUUGUCGGUGGACAACCAAUUACAUUGAUACAAUAUCUGCUGAGUGGUAUUGAUACAAUUGUUAAAAUGCACAGUAAACAUCCUCAACACAUGGAUAGUUGUUUUAAGUCAUUUGUAUGUUACGCGCUGAAUGAAAGAAAACUUGUUCCAUUUCUACGUUUAAUUCUUCAAUCACCAACAUUAGUAGAACAUUACUAUCAACCAUGGAGUUAUACGAAGAAAACAGGUUUUAAUGAUGCUCUUCAUUCACUUGAUCGUUUAACUUCGAUUGACUUUCGUCUUCCAAUCAAUACAUCUGUCCGUCGUUUUAUUAAUAAUCGAGAUCUUAUUGAAUAA